GUUGAGGAUCAUUUUGAUCCCGACGAUGACCUGCCAUUAGUUGAGUGGAUGACGAAAAUUCAACAGGAAGACGAUCUUCAAGACAAUAUUAGAGCCAAUCUUCCUUAUAAUGAAUACGAUUUCAACGAGUUUGUUCAUAUUGUUGACCAAGUCGUGACUGUCGAAUACCUGGAUGAUGAUGCCAUUGUAGCUGAUAUAUCUUCGGCAGUUGAUACUGAUGAUGGCGAAGAAAUGGAAAAUAAAAAUGAAGAACCUGUCGGUAUGGAACUGAUACCAACUCCAACCACAUCAGAAGCACUACGACAUAUUGACAACGUUCGUCAUUUCCUUCAGUCCCGAAAUACUCCGCAGCGUGUGUUAUAUCGACUAGAUGAAGUGGAAUUACAUAUUAAUGAUAUUCACUUCACAGAUUUUUUUAAGAAAGAUUUUAAAAAACUUUUAUAA